AUGAGACUCCUCACCCAAAUCCACGCCCACAUUCUCACUCGCUCACCCCUCCUCCCUCUCUCCUUCUCCCUCUCCAAAGUCCUCUGCUUCGCCGCCUACCGCGACAUCCGCUACGCCGCAACCCUCCUUUCCCACAUCCCCUCCCCGACUGUAUUCGCCUACAACACCGUCAUGCGAGGCUUCCUCUCUCAAGCCCCAUCUCUGCCCCACCCCAUCCUCUUAUUCAGAAUUUUGGUGCGCAACAAGCUCCCGCCGGCCAACACCUUCACGCUCGCCUCCGUGCUCAAGUGCUGCUCCAAUCUGGCGGCGUUUCAGGAAGGCCGGCAGGUGCAUAAACACGCCGUCGCAUCUGGAUUGGCCGGGAAUCUGUUCGUCGGGACUUCGCUGCUCAACUUCUACGCCAAAUGCGAGGCGGUUGACAUGGGCCGGAAGGUGUUCGACGAAAUGCCCGAGAGGAAUGUGGUGGCUUGGAGCGCCAUGAUUGGGGGAUAUGCCAGAGUAGGAAUGGCGAACGAAGCUUUGGGGAUGUUUAGAGAGAUGCAGAGGAGGGGCGUCGAGCCUGAUGAGAUGACAAUGGCGAGCGUGAUAUCGGCCUGCGCCGUGAUCGGAGCAUUGGAUUUGGGGAAAUGGCUGCAUACCUACGUCGACAAGAAAGGGAUCAAGAAUGACUUGGAGGUGAGCACAGCUCUGGUUAAUAUGUACGCCAAGUGCGGCUGCAUCGAAAAGGCCAGCCACAUUUUCGAGGCCCUUCCGGAAAAAGAUGUCAAGGCUUGGAGCUCCAUGAUCGUCGGAUUUGCGAUUCACGGCCUUGGACAUGAGGCGUUGACGACUUUUGCAAAAAUGGAAGCAGCCAAGGUCGAGCCGGACCAUGUGACGCUUAUCGGGGUGUUGUCUGCAUGCGCGCACGGCGGCUUGGUCGAAGAAGGGAGGAAGUACUGGUCGAGCAUGGUGGAAGCCGGGAUCAAACCAUCCAUGGAGCAUUAUGGUUGUAUGGUGGAUUUGUUAUGCCGCGCCGACCAAGUCGAGGAGGCUUAUGAGUUCGUUAACCAAAUGCCGGUUGCUCCGAAUCCCGCGAUAUGGCGUACCUUGCUGGUUAGUUGCAAAAGGAACAAGAUGUUAGAAAAAGGCAAGCUCAUCGCCGAGUAUCUUCUUCAACUAGAGCCACUCAAUGCCGAGAACUAUAUCCUGAUUUCGAGCAUGUACGCUUCCGUGUCAGACUGGGUGAAAAUGAGUCGGGUGAGGAUGCAGAUGAAGGAAAGGGGCGUCAAAGCCGUGCCCGGGUGUAGCUCCAUUGAAAUCGAUGGGUACGUGCACGAGUUUUCCAUGGGCGACUGGUCGCACCCUGAUGCAACGGACAUUAGAGAGGUUUUACGGGAGGUUGCGGAGAGAGUUCGAGGAGCUGGGCACGAGCCUUGGAUUGCAUCCGUCUUGCAGAAUAUGAGCGACGCAGAAAAGCAGGAUGCACUUUGGGAGCACAGCGAACGAUUAGCUAUCGCAUAUGGAUUGUUGAAAACGAAGGCGCCUGUUGUAAUCCGAGUGGUGAAGAAUCUUAGAGUCUGCAUCGACUGUCACGAAGUGACAAAAACUAUCAGCAAGUUGUACGGGAGGGAGAUCGUUGUUAGGGAUCGGAUUCGCUUCCAUAAGUUCGUCGAUGGCGCCUGUUCUUGCCGAGAUAUUUGGUGAAUGUUUUGGUGUGCUCUUCUUCUCUUUCAAAUAGAACGGCUACAUAUAUAGACUUAUUCUGAUACAAAAACCUCUUACAGAGGGGUUCGGAUUUCUUGAUCUUGAUCUUACUUAAACAACGAGGUCGACGCUCCAUCUGUACAUUUCCUCUCCUGGAGUCGGGAGAGUGAGAGUUACAAGUCCAGAUGCAGAGUCAUGGUCGAAUGCUGUUUUGAUACAGUCCACACUGCAUUUCCGUGGCUUUUUAGAACAGUAGGCUCCAAACCGGCCGCAUCCCCUAACUUUAAUCGUGAUCGUUGCUACUGGCUGUCUGCUUUCUUUUACAGGCUCGAUGCCAUUGCUGUUGUCAGAAGAAUCUUUUUUCGUUGUCUUGAUUUCAUAGUAGUCGACUGCGCCAGUGGUGUUGAACAUGUCCAGCAAGCCAAUAGGCGCAAAGGAAAUGCCGUCUGUGACGUGC